AUUAAAUGACACAAUCGUCAUUGAGACAUCAGAUCAGAGACCAACGGACAGUCCGUUGUCAACAAAGUCUUACAAUAAAAUGGGUUAUUUGUGUUGAUAUUUCCCACUUUAGCCACUAUGCAUUACACGAGUAAUAUAUAACAUUAGUCAGCCACAAGACAGCUCCAAUCAUGCAGUGUCAGCAGCCGCCAUUUGGAAUCAAUUUACCAUAUUCUGGUCAAUAUUUUCCUUGCAAUCCAGUAAAUCCGUUCAAUGGUUUAGCUCCUGAUGUUAUUGGAGAAGGAGAAGUAAAUUCCAUAACUUUCCCCGACGGAUCCAUUCAGUAUUAUUUCUUGCCUGUGAGAUGGCGAAGCGAUAUCCACUUGAAGCGAUGGCCUCCGUGCCCCUUCAAUGACAAUAUGUUUUACAAUUAUAGUAAACCUAACCCGGGGCUUUGGAUCAUUAGAAAUUUCUCCAAUACGAUAUCGCCGGUCUAUAAUCAAUAUUGGCAGAGAACCAAUCCCGAUCCGUUCACAAAAUCAUGUUUCGGUUACGACAACAAUGUCGUGCCGGCAGGUUUUCAGCUAAAGUUUCACAACGACUGUUGGACGUCUACUACGGACCUACAUUACUUUUGUCCUUAUCUACCCCCCGUGCCUCCGAUUGUGCCCGCAGCAUCAGUAGAAACACCAAUAGAAAUAAAAUGCUUGUGCCGCACUACAGACUGCAAUCAUUCCGACAACACGAGUGCAAGUCGUAUGCUCAAAAUUAUGAAAGAAUAUAAUAAAACAAUAAAUCGAUGUAAAUGUAAUAAAUCUGAUAAAGAUUCCUCAAGUAAGAUGUCAAUUGAUAAAUCGAAAACAAGCCCAUGUUCCUCAAACGCAAGCCUUAAAAAAUCUGAAUUUAGAAAAAGCAAGCGUAAAACAUUGAUAAAGGAACCAAAAAAGAAAUUAGUAAUUUGCAAAUGCUCUGUGGAUAGCAUUGAAAACAUUACAGAGGACAAAAAAUCAAACGAAAAUACAUGUCAUCUAUGUGAAAAAAACAGUCAACAUACAGCAGCACACGUCAAAUGUAUUUGCGAAGACACCGAUCUGGAUAGGGGCGAGACUAGUCCAACGUACUCGGUUCCUACGACUGGCAACUCCACUUCUGCGGUUCAGACCGCGGAUAAAGUGGUGGCCACGUACCUCGACCAAGCGAGCAGUGUGCCGGAUGCGGAGGGGCAAACUCAAACCGAGUGCCGAUGUUGGCCGCCUACUGACGUUAAGGAGGAACAGAGGUCGCACAAAUGUCACGAUGUGAAGGAAGAAGAAAGACUGUGCAAUUGUAACGAUGUAAAGGAAGAAAAGAGGUUUGUGAAAUUACAUAAUCAGCACAAUCGUCACAAUAUGAAGGAACAAAAGUCUGAGAGACCCAAACGUCGUAGGAGAAGGACUAAGUCUUCGGAGAAACUUCUCGGUGUCUAUGAUUAUAACUCCGGAUGUAGCACGAGCGAAUCUUUUUGUACAAUAUGCAAUAGUGACUAGUAGAGGUAGCAUGAAUUAAAACACAUCAUAUGUAUUGUGGAUUUAUAUUUUGUUAUUAUACAUUUUAUCGCUUAUAAUUAAAUGUAUUUACAGUGUGGGAUAAAAUAGUACAUACAGCAAUAAACAAAACAAAAUUGA